GCAUGUUAUUGUGAGGAGUUCUACGUUAUGUGUUAAAAGAUUCAUAUGUUCAAAUGUGUGAAAUGAUAUGAACUAACAUUGUGAGCAAAGACGGCAGUUACUUUCCGUUAGCUUUACUUAAAAAGAACAUGCCUAUAAAUAGAAACACGUUAUUAUAACACCUUCUUUAAAAACCUUCGCAGGCAGUAUGUGGUCCCCUGAUGAGAUUGCCCGUUUGUGCUACAACCGCUUCAACGAACUGCCAAAAAGAGGCAAACCAGAGCUGGGGCGAGAGUGGACGCUUCUGGCGGCGGUUGUGAAACUGUCCGAAGCGCAGUCCCAGUGUCAGCCGAAGCGAAAAAUAGUUGAAAAGGAGGUGGUGUCGUUGGGGACGGGUACCAAGUGCAUCGGACAAUCAGCCAUGAGUCCCCGGGGUGAUGUGCUGAAUGACAGCCAUGCUGAGGUCAUCGCCAGAAGGGGCUUCGUCAGGUACCUAACAGAGGAGCUGAGGAGGGCAGUAGUCGGGGAGGGCAGCAGGGUGUUCUGCCCCGGAGACGAGACGGGGAAAUGGAGGCUGCUCGACGGCGUCUCGUUCGUCUUCUUCACCAGCCACACCCCCUGUGGCGAUGCCUCUAUCAUCCCCAUGACUGACAGCCAGUCGCAGCCCUGUCUGCCAGUUGGAACAGAGGAAGGAACCGACGGGACCAAUGAGGCGCCCGGAGUUACAGUCGGGGGCGGGGCCUUGAGACGGCUGAUGGAGGAGGAGGAGGAGGAGGGUGGCGGGGCCUGCAAACGCCCCCGGCUGGAUACAGAGGAAGAGGAGGAAGAGGAGGCGUCACCCAAGGGCCGCCACUCACCCGCCAAACGUAGUGCGAAGGACCCUGAUAUCCCCGCUCUGGGGGAGCAGGCUAAGGACGUUCACCGGACGGGGGCCAAGUGCGUCCCCGGGGCCCCGGCGGACCCUCGGGAGGGGGGGCCGGGGUACCACAGCGUGGGGGCGCUGAGGGUGAAGCCGGGGCGCGGCGAGCGCACCCGCUCGCUCUCCUGCAGCGAUAAGAUGGCGCGCUGGGCCGCGCUGGGCUGCCAGGGCGCACUGCUCUCACACUACCUGCAGGGGGCGCUGCGCUUCAGCGCCGUGGUGACGGGGAAGUGUCCCUACAGCCCGGAGGCCAUGCGGAGGGCGCUGAGCGGCAGGUGUGCGCAUGUGACGGGGCUGCCCGCUGGGUAUGAGCUGCAGCCUGUGCAGCUGCUGCAGUCCAGUGUGGAGUUCACACACAGCCAGGGGGAGACGGAGCGCUGCCACCAGCAGGGACAGGGCCGGGUCUCUCCCUGUGGGGCAGCCAUCAGCUGGUGUGCUGUCGCUGAUCAGCCACUAGAUGUCACUGCAAACGGCUACAAACAGGGAGUGACAAAAACGUAUCUCGGUACAGAAAAAUCCAGGUCUUUGAUCUGUAAGGCUGAACUCUUCCACUGCUUUCUGAAUCUGCUGGCAGUCACAGAAGACUCUCAACUCCCACCAUCCUUAAGGGGGAAGGAGCUGAGCACGUACUGGGACUACAAGCGGGCUGCGCAGACGUACCAGCAGGCCUGGCUGCAGCUGCGUACGCAGGCCUUCCCACUGUGGCUGCGCUGCCCGCGAGACCUGCUGCUGUUCCAGUGAGCCGCCGUGCCUACAGACUGUGUGUGUGCCUGUGUGUGUGCGUGUGUGUGCCUGUGUGUGUGUGUGUGUGUGUGUGUGCAAGUCUGUAUGAGUGUGUGUGUGUGUGUG